UCUCUCUCUUCCUCCCCUUUUUCCAUUGCAACUAGACAGUGUGUGUUACUCUCCGACGAAGGCUUCGGCAAUGGCGAAUCUUGCGUUCUGAGCUUCCGAGUCCAAUAGCUCACUGAGUCAAACCACAGAGUCGAUAUCUUCCAACAUGUUGGACGGAAUACUCGGCAGAGGCUUCACCGCUAAAUGCAAAUCGUUGAUCAAAUUGACCAAGAGUCGGAUCGAUGUGAUACGGAGGAAGAGAAGAGCGACAGAGAAGUUUCUGAAGAAAGAUAUUGCUGAUCUAUUGCUCAACGGUCUCGAUAUCAAUGCCUAUGGAAGGGCUGAAGGACUUGUGGUUGAGUUAACACUGUCCUCUUGCUAUGGUUUCGUUGAGCAAUGCUGUGAGUUUGUGUUGAAGCAUCUCCCUGCGAUGCAGAAACUGAGUGGUUGCCCUGAGGAAUGUAGGAUGGCUGUAUCGUCUCUGAUGUUUGGGGCUGCAAGAUUUUCUGAUUUACCAGAGUUACGUGACCUUAGGCAAAUAUUUCAGGAGAGAUAUGGGAAUUGCAUGGAAUGUUAUGUCAAUCAAGAGUUUGCUGCAAAUUUGAAUUUCAAGUUUUCUACAUUGGAGAACAAGGUCAGCUUGAUGCAGGAGAUUGCAUCAGAGUUUUCAAUAAACUGGGACUCCAAGGCUUUCAAACUGAGGAUGUCGAGAUCCUGUGCUACUGCACAGGGCCACAAUGCAUGUGUGCCUAACCAUGAUAAACCAUCACAUGGGAAGGAUUUUACCCAAAAAGAAGUAAGGAAUGAUGUCUUGUUAGAGAAAAACUGUGAUCUUGCCAAUAAUGAGUGCAGAUUUCAGAAUGGCAAGGAAGCUGUUGUCUUAAACAGACUUGACCACGAUCUUCAUUCUAAAUCCACACUCCCUGGAAAUGGCUUCAAGCCACUAAAUGGUCAUGAAGUUCUUCGGAAAAGGGAUGGCCAUGAUAAUUCAGGAAGGCAAGAGAUUACUGUUGAGAAGAGUGACAAAGGCUGUUGGAAGGAGGGUAGUAUGCUAAAACCGAUUGGACAUCCAUCUCAGCAGAAAACAGUGGAACAAUUUGAAGGUGGUUCCAAGCUGCAGUAUAGUAGGGGGAAUAUCACCCCUCCGAGAGCCAACCAGGGUAGUAUGCUAAAACUGUUUGGACAUCCAUCUCAGCAGAAAAAUGUGGAACAAUUUGAAGGUGGUUCCGAGCAGCAAAGAAGUAGGGGGAAUGCCACCCCUCCAAGAGAAAACCAGGUCAGUAUGCUAAAAUCGUUUGGACAUCCAUCUCAGCAGAAAAUAGUGGAACAAUUUGAAGGUGGUCCCAAGCUGCAUUAUAGUAGGGCGGAUAUCACCCCUUCAAGAGCAAACCAGGGUAGUAUGCUAAAAUCAAUUGGACAUCCAUCUCAGCAGAAAACAGUUGAACAAUUUAAAGGUGGUUCCAAGCUGCAAGAUAGUAUGGGGAAUACCACCCCUCUAAGAGAAAACCAGGGCACUACAACUUCUAGGAAGUCUUCUAGUCAUGCGGGGUCGCGCUUCAAGAGUAAUGUGAACGAGUCAUUUGCUGUUAAUCAUGUUGGCCUACCUGGGACUGAUAAAUCCGAGAGAGAAAAUCAAAGGGAUGAAACACCUACACUGAAGCCCUGCUACAGUAAUGUCAUUCCGCCUCCAUAUCUUAAACAUCCCAAUUCUAAGCAGCAGAGCAGCACACGUGGAGCCAAUAUGAUAUCUUCACUUACUGACAGUGGUGGCAUCUCUACAUAUCAUUCAGCACAUGAGAAGCCUGAUGCUGCUUCUGUGUUGGAAAGGAGGAUUCAAAUAGAUUUGGAUAGUUCUGACCAGGAUUGGCAGGGCAAUAGACACGAGAGACGGAGCAAACAGAGUCGUGAAAAAGAAAUCUCCGAAGAAGUCCCAGUGGUGAAACCAAGAUCUAUGCGGCGAAGGCAGUCAAGAUCACGACUACCUGGUUACUACGAUGCCACUAAUGAAGACUCUGGACUUAAUAGAAAAUCAAGGAGCAGAAGCAGGAGACGAGAUGAAUCAAGACGUGGUCUGAAAGCUAUGCUUGAUGAUGAGCGGUAUCAAAAUGCAGAAGAGGAAAGGAUAAUAGAUAAAUUACUGAUCCAUUAUAGCAAAAAGCCAUCCGUCCUUGUGCCUGAAAAAUUAAAAAGAAACUCUAAAGUCCACCAUGCCCAUGACUCAACCACGGAAUUGCUGCAGAAUGGAAGCGGAUAUGGAUCUGAUGAGACACCAGAGAUGGUUAGUCAUCAUGCAUCACGAUCAUUCUCUCUUCCUCGUGAACAACACAGAGAAGCGGAAAUUAAGAAGAAAGUAUUUACUCGUGCUGCUACAUUUGAGCCUGUUAGAUCACUGGAAGCUCGGCAUGUGCAUCCUAAGUUACCUGACUGUGAUGAUCUAGCAGCUAGGAUUGCGGCCUUAAGAGCAUGAUAAAGGAUAGCAUAAGUAUAAUGCUCCUCUUUUAUCGGCAUGAUUGCACUCGUUAUGAUCAUCACGCUUUAAUCUUGUUACAAUGUUAAGUGCCUGGUAUUACUGAAGAAUGAAGAUUGCAUGGUGGUGCUUUUAUAGCAAAAUGCUGACUACUUCGGUGCUGUGCUAAAUCAUUAUAGAUGGUCCCGUCUGUGUUGGUUGACAAUAGUAACUUUGCCAUUAUUUUACAGAUGCGGCCAUAGGUCAUAAUACGGAGCAUCAAUUCAAGUUGUCUUUUAUGAUUGUAGAAGUGUUUGUAAGAAGAAAAUUAUGGUGCUGAGACAGACGCUAUUCAGAGCCUCCUACUCACCUUUUCUUUUCUUCAGAUAAUGUUGUUUGCACAUUUAUACGUACAUUAUUUAAUUGCUUGAUAAUUUUUGAUAA